UGACGAGGUGGGUCGAUCCGAAUUUCGAUCCUUUUUCCGUGUUCGAUCCAGAUUUCGAAGCUUUUUUCGUGUAAAUUAUCGGAUCCUUCGGGUAUCGUUGUUGGUUUUCGGUUUUCCGGUUGUGGGUGCAAUUUGAGAUGGUCCAUCUCCGUAGCUCGAACUCAGCUAAGCUCGUUGACCAGUUGGGGCUCAUGGCGAGUUCCGCUAACUCGGUCGAUUCGUUCCUCAAUUCGAGGAUGGGCAAAGCCAGCUAUCUCUCCCAGAGGAAUAGGAGAUUGCUCAAUUCGGCGGCGAGCCGAUCGAAUUCGCCGUCGUCUUGCCACCACCAUGGAUCUCGAUCGGCUGCGGUCGAUGUCGUCAUUCUGAUUGCUGUCGUGGGUGCCUGCGGGUUUCUGCUGUUCCCGUAUGUGAAGUUCGUAGCCGUCCAGCUGAUCGAAAACGUGGGCCCGAUCACGAGCGUGAUCAAGGAGGAGGUUGCUGAGGCUCCGUUGAUUUAUGGAUCGAUAGGACUUAGCGUGUGCUGCGCCGCUUUCGCUAUGUUGGCCCUGGUGGCGUGUUUGGAUCGGAAAUGCGGGAACCCGAAUUGCCGGGGACUGAGGAAGGCGGCCGAGUUCGAUAUUCAGCUGGAGACGGAGGAGUGCGUUAAGAACUCGACCGCCAAGGAAGAUUCAGAGAGGAUGCUGUUCGAAUUGCCGACAAACCAGCACCGAGAACUCGAAGCGGAAUUGAAGAAGAUGGCGCCGCAGAACGGGAGGGCCGUUCUUGUUUUUAGAGCGAGGUGUGGGUGUUCUGUUGGUAGAUUGGAAGUUCCGGGGCCGAAGAAGCCGCGAAAGAUCAAGAAAUAGAAAUGGGUUUGGUUUGGUUUGGCUUGGCUUGGGGGAACUAUAUAGCACAGACAGAGUAAUCAUAACAGAGAGAAGGGGCUUUUAUGAUUAGCCUUGUAUGAAUAAUAAUUUGCGAAUAUUUAUCUCACUGCAAAAACUUGUGGGGAUUAUAUACACCUAAUCAUUACACUUUCCUCCAUCAGCUUAUCUGUGAACACAGCCACUUAUGGAUUGAUUUACUUUUUUGUGACCAAAA